UUUACACUGCAGAACAGGUUCAAUAGAAAGCAGCUACACACCUUUACGCUGUUGGACAGGUUCAUUACAGAACAUAAGGGAAAUUGUUGUAGAUCUAACCAGAAACAUUGUUUUACUUGAUUUUAUGGUUCCUUGGCUUCAACCUUCAAAGUUUUCUGCAUCCAGUGAAUAAUAUGGACUCUCUCGGGAAUGGAACUAAAGACAGCCUGAAAUCCCCGGAUGAUCUCUUGGAACCAUCAGCGCAAUUUCUCCCUACAUCUGAUGCUAAGAAGUUAAAGAAGAAGAGAUUAUCUGUGAGAAUUGUCUUAGUAAUCAUCCUGAUCAUACUGGCAGCAGUGGCUGCACUGUUAACAGGUGUACUAGUGUGGAACUUUCAUUUGAGAACCGAUGUAAGAAUUAAGAAGGUCUUUGCUGGUUCUCUGACAGUCGCCAAUCUGAUAUUUAUAGACUCGUAUGAGGAUGGCAACAGUGCUCAUUUUAAUAAUCUGGCCUCUGACCUCUCCAAACAAAUGAAAAAAAUGUACAGCAAUGUGCCAUUACUCUUCAAAUAUUAUGUCAGCUCCAGUAUUAAAGCAUUCAGUGAAUCCAGUGAUGGCAUGGUUAUAGCCUACUACAUGUCUGAGUUCAGUGUGCCAGAGGCUCAGGUAUCUGCUGUGGAUGAAGCUAUUGAGUCAUUCAUGCAUACCAUGGGGCCAGGACAAACACGGAGGCUUUCUCACAAGCCAACCAAUGAUCUGCUUAUUAACAAUAUGAUGUCUGCAGCUGUUGAUCCUCGCUUGGUUAAUUCAACUUUGAAAGGUCACUAUAAGAAAUCCCACCACUCUCGUGCGGGUGAAACGGACAUUAUCCAGUCUCCAGGCUUUCCUGACUCUCCCUACACCUCUAACAGCUACACCGAGUGGCAGCUCCGUGCCGACCCCAAUCACAGACUUCGGCUGGAGUUUACAGUGGUAGACCUGGAGAAUGAUUGCCGCAAUGAUUUCAUUAGAGUGUAUGAUUCUCUUAUCCCCAGUGAGAGUCAUGUCAUGGCAGAGAAAUGUGGAACCUCCACCCUCGGGGAGCAGCUGGUUUUACUGUCUUCUGGAAAUGUCAUGUUAGUUACUCUGGUUACAAAUGAAGAAAAUAAUUUCCCAGGCUUCAGAGCAAAAUACUCUCAAGUGCCUGCAGAAAUCCAAGCAUGUGGUGGGAAACUAACCGGGAUGAAAGGCACCUUUACAUCUCCUGGCUUUCCCUCCAGUUAUCCUCCUCAGACCCAGUGUGUUUGGAACAUUAAAGUUCCAGAGGGAAAACACAUCAUAAUAAAUUUCAACAAGUUUUCACUGACUGAUCCAGGACAGAGUCCAGAAAACUGUACUAAAGAUUACCUGGAGGUUAAUGGCAACAGGAUGUGUGGAGAAAAAUUUGAAAUCAUACCCCUCGUCAUCAAGACAGAUAAGGCAGAUAUAAAAUUCUUCUCUGACAUGUCUUAUGUAGACAAGGGCUUCUCUGCAGAGUUUGAAGCCUUCAAACCCUUCGAUCGUUGUUCUGAAAAAUUCCACUGUGAAAAUGAUGCCUGUGUUUCUUCGAAGCUUCGCUGUGAUGGCUAUGAUGACUGUGGAGAUAUGAGCGACGAGAAGAACUGCGUCUGUGAUGAGUCUCAAAUCAGAUGUAAGAAUGGCUUCUGCAAACCCAAAUACUGGCACUGUGACAGUGUUAAUGACUGUGGUGACAAUACAGAUGAGGAGAACUGUGGUUACUGUAAAACUGGGGAAGAGGCCUGUCGAAAUGGCCACUGUAUCUCAGAGGAGAAGAAGUGCGAUGGCCAUAAUGACUGUGAGGAUGGUACAGAUGAAUCCAUGUGCACUAAAUCUAUAGUCCUCACUUGCUCCGAGUUUACCUUCAAGUGUAAGAACAACAUGUGCAUCAGCAAGCAGAACCCAGAAUGUGAUGGGCACAUAGAUUGUGAGGAUGGUUCAGAUGAAGAAGGCUGUGAAUGUGGUAUGAGGCCAUACCAGUCCUCUCAGAUUGUGGGUGGUAAUGCGGCCAGUGAAGGCAGUUGGCCGUGGCAGGUUAGUCUUCACCUGAAGGACAGAGCUCAUGUGUGUGGAGCAUCGUUAAUCAGCAACCUCUGGCUCGUCACAGCUGCACACUGUAUACAAGAGACCGACCGAUAUUCUUGGCCAGAAGAAUGGGAUGUCUAUCUGGGGCUGCACAGUCAGUUUGAGACCAACACAGCCAACACAGUACAGAAGAGUGUAAAGCAAAUCAUCUGUCAUCCUGAGUACAACCCCCUGCAGCACAAUAAUGACAUCGCGCUGAUGGAGCUGGACAGCCCUGUGACCCUCAGCCAGUAUAUUUGGCCUAUCUGCCUACCUUCAGCAACACAAGUGUUACCAACAGGCCAGUCUGUGUGGAUCACAGGUUGGGGCAAAACCAAAGAGGAAGGACAAUUGGCGACAGUGCUGCAGGAAGCAGAGGUGCGUAUCAUCAACGAAACAGUUUGCAGUCAGCUGAUAGAAGAUGAGCUCACACCUCAGAUGAUCUGUGCAGGAGUUCUGACAGGAGGAGUGGAUGCCUGUCAGGGUGACUCGGGUGGACCCAUGUCCUUUGUAGACACAAUAAGUGGACGUUCGUUUCUUGUCGGGGUCGUGAGCUGGGGUGAAGGCUGUGGUCGAAAGGGAAAGCCUGGCAUUUACACACGGGUCACCAAGUACCGCAGCUGGAUCCGAGAGGAGAGUGGGGUAUAAAAUGCACAUUUGUUGAGUGUGCCCACUCCUGAAGGACACUCUAGAUUUACAAUUACAGCAUUUAGCAGACACCCUUAUCCAGAGCAACUUACAUUUUAUCUUGCUUUUAUACAUCUGAGCAAUUGAGGGUUAAGGGCCUUGCUCAGGGGCCCAGCAGUGGCAGCUUGUUGGACGUAGGAAUCGAACUCACGACCUUCCAAUUGGUAUCCCAACACCUUAACCACUAGGCUACCACAUCUAGAUCAGUCCCUCCUGACCCCGUAGAAAUAACAUAACCUUUUUGAGUCUUAGACUCAAACUUAAACUUAGACUCAUAUCUAUAAGAAAAUAAAAAACAACUUCACUUCCAAUUAAACUCCCCUUUUUCUAAUGCACCCUCUCAUGUUUUUUUUUGGGGUUUUUUUUAAAAAAAAAAUGGGUUAAAUUCCCCUUUGAAGUCACAAUCAAACAGGUCCUGUUCAUUUUUUUUUACUGUCUUCUGUCUGAUUUGAAUUGCAAAAGGCCAGUUUAAAAAGUAUUCAGCCUCAGGUGUUAUUACCUAUGUUAUGUUAUUUAACAUUUUUCAGGUGUGAUAUAUACUGUAUAAACACUAUAGCUAUAUAUGUAUGUAUGUAUGUAUGUAUGUAUGUAUGUAUGUAUGUAUGUAUGUAUGUAUGUAUGUAUGUAUGUAUGUAUGUAUGUAUGUAAGUAUGUAUAGGUUUUUAUAGAUCCUGCAUAUUGCUGUUUGUUUUUAUUUUUUUUUUUAAAUAUGGUUUAUUGUUUAAUACAUCAGUUUUUUAAAAUGAGUUCAGGGAUUAUUUUAUAACUGGUGCUGAUUGUAAAAUGUCUUAAAAUGUUAUAUGCGAUGUAUAGAUAAUAUGAAAAGUAAAACAAGGGUAAAUUCCUGCUGUAUUGUGUGUUUCUGUUCAUUUCCAUCUUAGAUCUAUGUCACUAAACAGACUUGUUAUUCAUUAGUAAUUUUGGUAGCUAUGCAUUUUCUUUGGUGGAGAAAAAUGUCAUUAAAAAAACAAAUUACAGAUUUGUCUCCUACGGCUUUAAACUGUGAGAUGUUUAAUGUUUUAGAUUGCAAACCACAUAGAAUUUUGUGGUCUAUUACGCAUUUAAUGGUGUCUAAUGGCAAACCAAGUGGACUUUUUUAUUAUUUAUAUUAGCAAUGAUGCUGUAUUUCUCUGUGUUUAAAAAGAGACAAUAUACACAAUAUAUACAAAUUGUUUAUAUGCUGGAUAAAGAAUGAGCUCUGGACAUAAAACCAUUGGUUUCUGAUGAAAAUGGUUGAUGGAUUCAGUAAACACAUACUUAUUAAGAGAAUUGUGUUAUAUAUAAACAUGGACAAUGUAGCCUACAGUACGUUUGAUUAUUACUAAGAUGUACAGACGCAAUUCACCUGAAUUUGCAUUCCCACAAUGUGCAUUUUUAUUAUAUAUGUAUAAUAAUAAAUGUAUGUAUUCAUCUUUUCGUA